AUGGACCAGUACCACUUCAGUGACGAGAACACCAUUCAUUCGGAGAUGCGUCUUUCUGGAUUUCCAGAAACUCAGGGGCUGAGCUGUAGUGACGCUCUCAAUCACGAUUUAUGCCUAAAUACGAAAGACGUGUCGUAUAUGGGCCUGAGCGGCUUAGAUAUGGUUUCAGGCCUUUCAGCUGCAGAUAUGGCCAGUGAUGCUUUGGAGGCCAAUUUAAAUGGACUCUCCUUGUAUUCAAUGAAGGACUGUGAUUCUGUUAAGCUCCUUGAUGAGUCUGACUCACAGCCUUCUCUGCGUGAACUGGGGCUUUCCACACUUACAGGAUCUAAGGAAGUUGAACACGGAGGCAGAUCCAGUUCUGGUACUGCAAGGAAAGGAAAGCAUCAGCAUAGCUCUCCUCAGACCUCAUUCCUGGAUUGCAGUCUGUGUGGGAAGGUGUUCAGCAGUGCCAGCUCUCUUAGCAAACAUUACCUGACUCAUAGCCAGGAACGGAAACACGUCUGUAGAAUCUGCAGCAAAGCUUUUAAACGGCAGGACCACCUGAGUGGGCACAUGUUGACACACCAGAAAACAAAACCUUUUAUGUGCUUAGAAAAAGGCUGCACUAAGAGUUACUGUGAUCACCGUUCGUUGCGCCGGCAUUACGAAGUGCAGCAUGGCUUGUGCGCCUUGAAGGAGACUCCUGAUGAAGAUGGCGGUGACGAAUCGCUGCUUUCUCACAAUAAGUUUAUCCAAGCAGGACAAGGCAGCGUGAGGCCUGCAGAAAGACUGACUGAGCACUUGGAGUCCAAGUCAGAUGCUUCUCCACCCAACAGAGACCUACUGAGAUGCAUUGUGAACAGCUUUGUAAAUCAGAAGCUUCCAUCAGCUACAUUGUCCUCUGCAGAGCACACACAUACUGAUUUAACAGACUCGUGGCAACCCUGUUCCUCUUCAGCCAGCCAGGUCUCUUGCGUUGCUUCGAACAGCAGUGGACUUGUCGAGGCUGCAGGUGAUGAUAUAUUGAAGGACCACCUUCCUUGCCAAAAAAGUGCUGCUGCUUCUAGUGUGUAUGCCAUAAUAAAUCCUGGUAAUGUGUCUGUAAUCACACCAGGUGAGAACGUAGUUACGAAUUUGACGGACAGAUCCUUGAUUCCAGAGCCACAGUUCCCCCUGGAGCCCACAGGGCUCGAGUAUUGUCCUAACAGCGCUCUAUCUUUUCCGAUAUUCGGAGGGCAGAAGGCUUCUGCAGACUCUCACCAGUUAAGUGGUAAUUUUCAGUGGAUGAGAAACGUGCCAGUCUGUGCUAAAAACAAAAGGAAUAGUGUCUGCGUUGUUCACAAGCCAUCUCUUGUAGCUCAGGAUGUUUCAGAGGGGUUAGCUGGACCUUCCCACGCAUUCUCAGCCUUUCCACAGACAUAUGAGUGUCCGGAUGCUUUAUCAUUCACUGUUGCUCCUUUCAAAGCAGAAGAGGAAGCCUUGGGUGACUCAGCGCUUAGCUGUUCUGAGGAAGGCUUUAGGUCAGCGAGAAGCCGUGACUCUCAUCCAUGGGAGAACUGUGGGGAGUUGAAUUUCCAGGAUGUUCAAAAGCAGAAUGCGUUCCAGAACGAGAGCAGCCCGUUAGUGAGGCAGCUUUUCAUGAAAUCUCAGGAGUCUGUCAUGAGCCAGGAGCAGGUGCAAGUGCAGCAGCACCUGUUCCAGAUGAUAACCAAAUCUCAGCACAUUCUGUCUCAUGCCCAAAUGGUGGCUCCAUCCCAGCUAGUGACCUCUGAGGCUAAACACGUGGCACCAAAACCACUCCAAACAGGAUUUCAGCAGCCACCUCACUUGACUCACCUUCUUCCAGAACCAACAGAAUAUGAAGGGUCUUCCACAUACCUGCAAAAGAGCAUAACCCAGUUUCAGAAGAACAUUUUAUCUGAUAAUGAGAAAAGAGGACAGCAAACAGUCCCUACUUUUCAGUCCCUUCAGCCAGGACCCUUGAAAGAAUGCGUAGGAUUAAAAGAUGCCUCUCUUUCUAGCCAGCUACAGCCUGCGGUGCAUGACAAUGCCAUUGGAUACCAUUCGUUUGGGAAGUCAAAUCAGCUAGAAAACAAGACUUCUGUAACUAACAGAAAAGAGAAAAAUAAAGCCUGUAGCAAAGAAGCGCGUGGAAAAACGCAGAUGAGCGUUGGUGGAAAAACGCAGAUGAGCGUUGGUAGAUCUCGACGUUUGCCUGGUGUCCGUAAGGAAAAGCUGAAAUUUGACGUGACUUGCGCAGCCUCCCCGAGUCAAGUAGCUAUGGCGUCCUUCUCGUCGUCCGGUCCUCUGUCAGCGCCUGUGUUCAGGGAGAAGCCCAGGCUGACCAUUUUCAAUAGGAUUCAGGGUGGAAAUAUCUACAGCCUUACUAACGCAGUAAAGGAAGAAAGUUUGUCAGCGGAAUGUAAUAAGACCAGUGGUGUUCCUGCAGAUGGAGGCAAAUAUGAAAGUGGUUUUCUUUGCAAGAACUGCAGUCAGCUGUUUUAUACUGAGAAAGGACUGGAGAGCCACAUGUGUUUUCACAGUGAGCAAUGGUAUUCACCAGCAAGCAAGGAGGAACAGCAGGUAAAGGGAAAGAAACCGACAAUCUACAAAAAAGCCAGAGGUGAAACAGAUACAGAAGAAAGCUUGAAAUUACGUAGGAUUUGUAUGUUUUUAAGUGCCUUAGACUUGUUAUGCUUGUCUUCUGUGACAAACAGGUAUUUGACUGUUUGUCUGGAAUUGUUUGUCCAGGUUAAUGAAAAGGAAAGCCAGGAUGUGAAGGACCUCAAAGAAAGUUUGCACCAAAAAAAGAGGAAGAGGCAAACUCGGCCAAAAUCGCUUUUUAUCCCGCCUCCACCUUCUUUUGAAGUACAACCAGGGACGGGAGGAUGUUACCAAAGUAAUCUUCGUUCACCUGUGUUCCUGGUUGAUCAUCUCCUGAGAGACUUGUUCCAGUGCUCUCCUUACACUCCACCUCCAAUGCUCAGCCCAAUACGGGAAGGAUCAGGGCUUUAUUUCAGCACUCUCUGUUCUUCUGCUAAUGGUGAUCCCAACCAGCUGUUCAGUACUGUAUUAGACAGAAUGGACAGAGACUUUGGAUUUUGUCUUGUGAAGGAUAACACCAAGAUCAGCAUUGAGCCACACAUUAACAUUGGAAGUCGAUUUCAGGCAGAGAUACCAAACCUGCAGGACAGAUCAUACCUGGAAAACGAUGAGCAGGCAGCCUCGUUAGUGUGGAAACCCUGGGGAGACAUCGCAACUAACCAGGAAACCCAGGACAGAGUAACAGAACUGCUAAACAUGGCCUGCUCCAGUGUAAUGCCCGGUGGAGGAACUAACCUAGAACUAGCUCUGCAUUGUCUGCACGAAGCGCAAGGCAACGUUCUGGAAGCCCUGGAAAUGCUGCUUUUUGGAGGGCCCCAGAAAUCUGAAUCCCAUCCUCUUGCUAAUUACCGUUACGCAGGUUCGGAUAUCUGGACACCUGUUGAGAGGCAGUUGUUUAAAAAGGCUUUUUGUGUACACAAGAAGGAUUUUUACCUGAUACAGAAGAAGAUUCAGACUAAGAAUGUGUCCCAGUGUGUUGAAUAUUACUAUAUCUGGAAAAAAAUAAUAAAAUUUGACUACAGUCGAGUUCAAGUAAUAGAAAAAAAGGUCAAGAAAGACAAGAAUGAGUUAGAAAAGACUGAAGAAAAGACUGCUUGCAGCCCCCCCAAAAGGCACAGUCAUCUGCCUAAAGAAGGCAUGAAGAUGAAGCAAAAGAGUUACAAAAAGAUGCCACACAGUGCGUGGAGUCCAGCCUGCAGCCUGAAAGGAUCCCCAUACCAGUCUGGAAGUGCAGAUGAUCAGUGUGCAUUUCCAUGUCGAGAAUGUGAAAGGGUAUUUGACAAGAUAAAAAGUCGAAAUGCUCAUAUGAAACGCCAUCGCCUGCAGGAGCAGGUGGAGCCUCUCAUGAAGAUAAAAUGGCCCUUGAAACAUUUUAAAAAUGAAACAAAGAUGGAAGAAGCUCAGAUGUUGACCUCCUCCAGUGGUAACUGGGAAACUACAAUUUCAGAGUAGCAAUGAGGUUAGUCUUCUCUGUUUAGAAAAUACAUAAACAU